AUGAUGGCUUUUGAAUUUGCCGUUUUUAUGAGGUACUAUCUUGUGUUAAGAACGUCUAUAAUAGAUGACAGUGUAACUGCUAGUAUUGAUCCGUGUGCAUCUACCCAGUCUGUUCUUGGCGGAUCAGCACCGAUCGCUUCAAAUCCACGAUCUUUUGUAUGCUCGGACUGUAAUAUCGGCUUCAGAAAGCAUGGUAUACUUGCGAAGCAUUUAAGAUCUAAAACUCAUGUUAUGAAGUUGGAAACUCUGAAAAGGUUGCCAGAGGAUUCGCUAUCGUUGAUUACUAAGAGGGACAACGGAGCAUGUCUUAAUGGUGUGGAUACUACCGACUGUGAAAAGGCUCGAAAGUCGCUUUAUGAAAUUGUUGAAACGAUACGGGCAGAAAAUCAACGCGCUUCCAUGCAAAUGGCUGCGGCUGUGGCAGCCGGCACCGCCAAGCCAGCUGUCCAAACCAUUGUUACGGAUGGCCUCGAAUGUCACGAACAACUUGCUGCUUCCCCAGCCCCUAUGGCUGUUGUGUCAAAAAAGGUGGUUGAACAAGUGUUCAAUGGUCAGCGAUCCGAUGGCGAAGAGACCAUACUGCAGCCUCGACCAAUAAAUGAAGCAACGACGCCUAUGGUGGACGCCAAUUGUCUUCCUCGAACUAGAUGUGAUCCCACACGGUCAAAUUCUACAAAUCCGCUGAGGCGUGAUGAAGUUCCGAGCAUAAAGCUCGUGUCCGCUAAUGUAUGGAUACCUCCGCGCCCUGAGGACCGUUCCAACUCAUCUCGGGACCCAAACAGUAUCCGAGCUGUACAGGAAGAGAGAAGUACAUGCUCAUCACCGGUACUGCGGAUCCUAAACAGUAAUGGUCAUGCGGCUUCGCCGUUAAUGCCUCAAGGCACAAAGUGUCAGAUAUGUGGAGUGAACGCUGAAUCCCCAAUUGAUUUGCAGGUUCACUUAUACUCAGAUCACAUCUCAAUACGUGAUGGGAAAGACCUGAAGUGUCCGAAAAGACAUUGUGACAAAGUUUAUCCCAACAAAGAGAGUCUGAGAAUGCACAUUAUUGCCCAUUAUCAGCAACGUGUUGAUGCAACUCCUGAAGCUCGAGAAGAUGACUCAGUUUCAUCCGUGACUUCGGCCAUGGCAAGUCGUCUGGCGGAAGAUGUUGCUGAUGCGCGCGCUUCUCCCAUGUCUGACGCUAGUGAUGGCUCCUGGCCGAGCCCUGCUAGCGUUGAAGUUUCGCGCUCCGGAACAGCCUCCGAGGCAAAGAAAGCUCAGGAAGAAGAGGUAAAACCAAAACUCCUUAGGCUAGAUGCCAAUCUGUCUUAA